CUGUGCAUGUUGUUGAUGAUCUGUGUUUGCAAUAUAUUUUCAUUUUUGUGCAAAUUGUAAUUGAGACAAAAUGUCCCGGGGCUCAAGUGCUGGAUUUGAUCGGCACAUUACCAUUUUCUCUCCAGAAGGUAGACUCUACCAAGUAGAAUAUGCGUUCAAGGCCAUAAAUCAAGGUGGUCUCACGUCAGUCGCAGUUCGUGGCAAGGACUGUGCAGUGGUAGUUACACAGAAGAAAGUCCCGGACAAGCUGUUGGAUGCUUCUACUGUCACACACCUCUUCAGAAUCACGGAAAACAUAGGCUGCGUGAUGUCAGGAAUGACAGCCGACAGCAGGUCUCAAGUUCAGAGGGCACGUUACGAAGCUGCCAACUGGAAGUAUAAAUAUGGUUAUGAGAUCCCGGUGGACAUGCUGUGUAAGAGAAUCGCUGACAUCUCGCAGGUUUACACACAGAAUGCAGAGAUGAGGCCGCUGGGCUGCUGCAUGAUAGUGAUUGGUGUGGAUGAAGAGUUUGGGCCUCAGGUGUACAAGUGUGACCCAGCCGGAUACUACUGUGGGUUUAAGGCCACAGCUGCCGGCGUCAAACAGACAGAGGCCACGAGUUUCUUAGAGAAGAAGGUGAAAAAGAAACUGGACUGGACCUUUGAGCAAACUGUCGAGACAGCAAUCACCUGUCUGUCUACGGUCCUUUCCAUUGAUUUCAAACCAUCUGAGCUCGAGGUGGGAGUUGUUACAACAGACGACCCGAAGUUCAGAAUUCUCUCAGAGUCUGAGGUGGAUACCCAUUUGGUGGCCCUGUCUGAGAGAGACUGAAGUUUGCAGGACCAGAUGGUGACAGAGAGUACUUGCUUCAGACGUGUAGGGGCACGCUGCAAAAAUGGUUCAACACUUGUUUGAUGUAUAUUAACCCUGUUCCAUUAAAGACAUUUUU